GCCCAGGCGGAGGCCCAUAGGGGCCUGGUGGACACCCGCCAAUCGGGCAAGCCAGAGAAAUUCUCUGGAGAGCCGGCGGCCUUUGAGGAUUGGUCGUUUGUGCUGGAGGCCUAUAUGUGCUGCGUGAACCGUGGCUUCCAGGCGCUCUUUGAGCGCAUCAGGUACUCUGAUGUGCCGGUCCUCCAGGCCAGCCUCAGCCCAGGGGAGGCGGAGCUAUCAACGCAGCUCUUUUAUACCCUGGUGAUGCUCCUCCUGGGCAACGGCCUGGAGGUUUACAGGAAGCUGGUGAGUGAGUACCGGCCCCGGUUGGCAAGCCGCUUCGUGGGGACACUCACCCAGCUUAUGAGCCACAAGUUCACGGCCAGCCUCGAGGCCGAGAUCCCCUUCUUCGAGAAGCUCGUGCGAAGGUACGAGGCCGAGACCGGCAAGCAGCUUGAUGACACAAUCAAGCUGGGGAUCAUUAUCAAUGGCCUCCAGGACGAGUCCCUCGAGCAGCACGUGGUGAGGAACUCAGCGAGGCUCAAGACAUACCAGCUGCUCAAUGACGAGCUCUUAGAGGUGGCUCGAACGAGCCGAGUGCUGGCCGAGCAGCCGGUGCCGAUGGACAUGUCGGCCCUUCCAAAGUGGAAGCAGAAGCCCCCAAAGGGGGGCAAGGAAGAGCCCGAGCCCAUGCUUGCAAGCCCCACCUUGGCCGAGGAGCGCGACUACGUGGCGGCAGUGACGCUGCCUCAGGAGGGGACCUGGACCGUGAUCGGUCCAGAUGUGCAGUGUCUGAUUUUAGACAAGAAUGCACACAAGGUCCGGAAGGCCUUGGGGUACACCAAGACCAUAGAGCUUCAAAAGAAGCGUGGGGUGUACUGGCUGCCGGUGCAAAGCGAUGAAAGCAAGGACACCGAGCCUACGGUGUUGGCAGCAACCAAGGCAGCAAAGAAAGUGGUGCCAGCAGAGGCCAUGAGCCUCGAAGAGGGUGCGGGAGGAACCGCCCCGGACCAAGCUGCGGAUGGAACCGCGCUUGAAAAUCCACCAAAGGAAGACUCGGGAGGCCCAGCUAGGUCAAGCUCCAGCAUGGGUCCAGAGAACCCGAUCCAAGCGGCGGAUAGACCCGCGCUUGGAAAUCCACCAGAGGAAGACUCGGAGGCACAGCGCAAGACCAGAUCGAAGCGCAUCCCAGACCUGGUAUCCGAGGGAUCACAUGAUGACUCACCUCCCGUUUCGCUCCUGGUGCGACCACUGUGUCGCUGGAAAGUCCAGGGAGGACUCUCACCCGUUGCGAGAGGCAGAGCGCUGAAGGGCGAGAUGCCUAAGACGGCAGAGGCAUUGAAGGAGCCCCUUGACGUGGAGGACGCCCAGCGACCAAUACUGGUCAUGGUGGAUCAGGAGACGGGAGCGACCUUCUCCUACUUGGUCACAAAGGGGGUCAACAACUACGCCGUUCAUGUUAUGAACGAGGCCCUCAAGUUUGCGGGAAGACAAAGGGUGAUCAUCAUGUCGGACGGUGAGCCCGCGAUGCGAGCUCUGGUGGAUACGGUGGCCAGACAGGCCAGGACGCUGGUCCAUGCCCUCGAGACACGUUACCCUGGAUACCAACUCAAGGGUGACAACGAGGUGAGACCGGAGCCCAGGAGAUGGGAAAAGCACCGCUUAGAGGCGGUGACGGGCACACCCUGGCAGCCCAAGGCGUUGGUGGUACCGGGUGACAACAAGCCGCUCACCCUGCCAGACGGACGCAAGGGGAGAUCUGUAUACAUCACCCUGGAGCGCCAGAUCAAACAUGGCCCAACGCCAGGCUGUCCGGGAUGCAACUGCUCUGCAGGAGAAGUGAAGCCACACAGCCCAGAGUGCAGGAAGAGGUUCAGUGAACUCUACCCUCGAGAGGCCGCAGGCUACAGCACAGAGCCGGGCGAAGAGGGGGCACGGGCUGUGGAGGGGGAUGCAAUGGACAUCUCCGGGGCUGGUGCUUCCGGUGCGGGAGGCCCCGCCCAGGAAGGUGAGCCACAGGGUUCGGGAGGAACCGACUCUGUGCAAAGCCGCAAGGACCUCAAGAAACAGUUGGCCGACAAGGCCAGGGAGCGGAGAGAGGCCGCGCAGCAAGCGCAGGAAGAACCUAAAAGGUUCAGGCUUACACAGAAGGGCUCCAAGAGAACUGCAGAGGUUUUUGUGGAAGAAGCGGUUGCUGAAGCAGCCGCGGAAGAGGUGAUAGGAGGCCUCCCCACUCUUCACGAGGAGACGCUGCUUGCAGCUUAUCCUGAAGAUGGACUGCUGGAGAGUCAGGGUGCGUUUGACGAACGCACAGGGAAGGCGCUUCCUGUUGAAAAGGUCAAGAAAGCGCGUGGCCGUGAGCUUGACAAGAUGCUAGAGCACAACGUCAAGGAGGACAUCACCUGGGAAGAGGCGAAAAGCCGAGGACUCAAAAUAGUCAAGAGCAGAUGGGUAGAUGGCUGGAAGCCACUCCCAGAUGACCCCCAGGGUGUCCGGAGUCGGUGUGUGGCUCAGGAAGUCAACGUGAGCCAAAGGGAUGACGUGGCAUCUGGGACGCCUCCGUUGAAGGCCCGCCGGAUGGUCCUGUCCCACGCGGCUACAAAGGCUCCAGGCGCGCGUGUUAACAAGAAGCUUAUCGCCAGAUACGACGUAUCAGUGGCAUUCUUCCAUGCAGAGUCAACAGGGAAGAUUGCUGUGGUUCCACCAAAGGACUUAGACCAGAGUCGCUUGUGGUUCCUGAACAAGGCGAUGAAUGGAACGAGGGAAGCGUCCAAGCAAUGGGCAGCAAAGAUCCUCAAGAACAAGAAGAAAUGGGGAUUCUUGGAGAUAGAGUCCGUGCCAGGACUUUUCUAUCAUCCUGUCCAUGACAUCAUGGUGUGCUGCCAUGGG